AUGGAAUCGCUUCAACAGCUCUUGGAGGAUGGCAUGUCCAUGUCCAGAGUUAGCAACUAUUCUGAAAAGGAAAAGUUGACGCUCUGCUAUAAAUUGGCCAACUCGAUGCUCUUCCUGUACCCGGGCUCCUGGUUACGGACUGCGUGGAACAGUACCAAAGUCUACUUCAUUCGACGGUCGGGUGUUUCCGCUUUGAAACCGGUCACCUUGGCAUUCCCCUAUCUUUCUGUCGAAAUGCACGAUGUGCAAGAUGCUACUAGCACAUCCAAACAUUACAUGCACAUGCAAGCUCACCCGCAUCCGAGCAUCCUGGCUCUGGGUAUCAUCUUCCUCGAAAUCGCCACAGGAUCUGUGUUCCCCAGAAGCUCUCAAACAACGGCGGACCUCAGCUGGGAACAGUGCAAUGAAGACUUCCUGGAAGCCUGGAAGCAGAUGGAGAAGCUGGAAAUGGAGCGAAAGUACAUACCCUCCGCUCUCCGCAAGGUCAUCAGGGCUUGCAUUGACCUGAAGCCGCCACCAAACAUUCCAUGCUCCAGUCUGGCGGAAGAGGGUCCAAUGCGCCAGUACAUACUAUCAUGCAUCAUUCUUCCGCUGGCAUCAGAGCUGGUGGAUGGUUACAAAAUUCGCUUAGAGGAGUUACACACGUCCUUGGAAAAAGAGCUGAACGGUCUCGGAAAGGUUGAGGAAGCAAACACCAACACUUCCAUCAAGCAAACGCCGGAAAGUUGGAGUCGCAGUCUGGCAACGGUGCCCGAGGUGGAAACAGCGCCGCAGAUUCAGACUGCGGGGAGAUAUGACCUAUGUCUUAUGGCAGAUGGUGAUGAGAGAGAAAUAACAGUCAACGAAGAAGCUGGCAUCGAGCUGAGUUCGGAGCACCGAGAAUUAUACGACUUCGAGCCGAGGAUCAAGUACAAGAGCUGGGUCGACGGACACGCUGACUGCAGAGACGACGUCGGGCAUGGAACCCAUCUAGAAAUCCUCUUGCGGAAGAUUGCGCCAAACGCCGCUAUUCAUAUGGCGAGGGUGUUCAAAAAGAGGCCCAGAGGCGAAGAGUCUGCAAUCAUCAUCUCCCAGGGUGACGAGACCGGGCAGUAA